GCCCCACGAGAAGCCUGACACGACGUUAUCAGCCCUCAGUGGCAAAAAGCGAGCCAACUUUUCCCUGUCAAAAGUCCACAACAAGAAGCGACCCGAGUCCCCAAGUCCAAUGCAGCGAGGCCGGGGGCGACGCAGUCAUGUCCGGACACUCGAGCUUCGUCAACCCGUUCCACAGGAGCCACAGCCUGGCCGCAGCCGCAGCCGCGGCCCCCGCGGGCAAAGCCAAACUGACGCACCCCGGCAAGGCCAUCCUGGCGGGCGGGAUCGCGGGCGGCAUUGAGAUCUGCAUCACCUUCCCCACCGAGUACGUGAAGACACAACUGCAGCUGGACGAGAAGGCCAACCCCCCCAAGUUCAAAGGCAUCGCCGACUGCGUGAAGCAGACGGUCCACGGUCAUGGCGUGAGGGGUCUUUAUCGAGGCCUCAGCUCGCUGCUCUACGGCUCCAUUCCCAAAGCUGCCGUCAGAUUCGGAGUAUUUGAGUUCCUGAGCAACAAGAUGCGCGACGAGAGCGGGAAGCUGGACAGCAAGCGUGGAUUCCUGUGUGGCCUGGGCGCCGGCGUGGCCGAGGCCGUGAUGGUCGUGUGUCCCAUGGAGACGGUCAAGGUCAAAUUCAUCCACGAUCAGACAUCGGCAAACCCCAAGUACAGAGGAUUCUUCCACGGCGUUCGGGAGAUCAUCAGAACUGAAGGACUCAGAGGGACCUAUCAGGGUCUGACGGCCACUGUGCUCAAACAAGGAUCCAAUCAGGCCAUCCGCUUCUACGUGAUGACCUCUCUCAGGAACUGGUACAAAGGUGACGACCCGAACAAAGCCAUUAACCCCUUGAUAACGGGAUCGUUCGGAGCCGUGGCAGGAGCCGCCAGUGUGUUUGGAAACACUCCGGUGGAUGUCAUCAAAACCAGGAUGCAGGGUCUGGAAGCACACAAGUACAAAAGCACCUUGGACUGCGCCGUCAAGAUCAUGAAGCACGAGGGUCCCUUGGCGUUCUACAAAGGCACCGUUCCCCGUCUGGGGCGGGUGUGCAUGGACGUGGCCAUCGUCUUCAUCAUCUACGAGGAGGUGGUCAAGGUCCUGAACAUAGUCUGGAAGACGGACUGAGACGGGAGGCGGUCCCCCUCGCGCCCCUUCGAGUCUCUCCACGGGGUUGGUCGUGGUUUUUAAUCCAAGCAGCAUCCAGCAGGAGCACCGUGUUCCAUGAGCGCGCUGACGCGAGACCAGGGUGUGGAAUUCUGCAAGGACCAGUUUUACUCUUCUUAAUGUGAUCUUAAUUCAUGGUGAAAAUGACUGACUCAGUCCAAGGUGAUCUUGACAAAGAAAUACUUGAAUAUUUUACAGUACUACUAGUUAUGCAAUUAGGACUUUUACUUUGCUGCCACGGUACACUAACGUAUCCAAAUAGCAUUUUUUUUUUUUAUCGUACACAUUUUAUGCUGACGUGCAAAUGCAGAAAUGUAUUCAGCCUCCAGGCACAGUCUAUGAAAAGUGCCAUUAUGUGUUGGGUUAUUUGGGAUGUAAAAAAAUCUUUGUUUUCUUUUAAAGAUGACUAUAUAUGAUAUUCUGUUAACAGUGCCUUCCAUGUCAUUCCACAGAAGAUUUUUUUAUAUCAGAUCAACUAUUUUAUGAGUAUUGUAAUAUAGCUAUCAUGCAGCUUGUGAAUGUUUACACCAGCAAGUGUCUAUCAAACAUCAGAUGAUUAAUAAUAAUAGCUCCUGUGCCUCUAGAGUGACUAAUUCUAAUGUGAAAAUAAAUAUUGGAAUGUAA